CUCCAAUCAACCAUCUUAUUUAAACAUAUCCCUUCCCCUGUUUCUCUCUGUCUCUGUGUUUCAACUCUCUGUUUUUUAUCUCUUUCCUUCACUAUGUAUGCUCCAAGAAGAACCAAACUCGUCCAACGUAUCAUACCCAUUUUAGUAUUUGUCCUGAUCCUAUUUCUAUCAAUAACCCUUCUUAAAAACACCACAAAACCCACAAAAAUCCGACAUUUGCAUGUCCACAACCAUCUCCAAAUCGCUCAUGCCGCUUGCGAAGGCACAUUGUACCGUGACCUCUGCGUCUCAACCCUUGCUUCUAUCCCGGAUCUCUCCUCCAAAUCCCUCCCGGAGCUCGUCGCUGCCACCGUUAACCAAACCAUGUUCGAGGUAAGAGCCUCCUCUAAUAACUGCAGCAGCAUCGAAAGGAAUGAGGCUCUGGACAUCCAAGAAAAGAGAGCUGUAGACGACUGCCUUGAGCUCCUCAGCUACACCAUGGCGGACCUGAGGGAGAGUCUCACCGGUCUCUCCACCAGGAAAGCCGUGUCGCAGAACUACCACAACUUGCAGACUAUUUUCAGCGCGGCGAUCACCAACCAGUACACUUGUCUUGAUGGGUUUGCUUACAGCAAAGGGGACGUGAGGGACAUAAUUAAGAGAGGCAUCUUCAACAUUUCUCACCACGUUAGUAAUUCUCUUGUCAUACUAAAAAAAAUUCCCGGCCUUAACAAGAAAUCGCAGUCCGAGGUUUCUCCAGAGCACGGUCGGGUCAAGAAAGGGUUUCCGACAUGGUUGAAGUCCAAAGAUCGGAAACUGUUGCAGGCUCCCGUGAAUGAGACCAAAUUCGACCUGAUAGUGGCCAAGGACGGCUCCGGAAACUUCACUACCAUAAGCCAGGCCGUGGCAGCAGCUCCAAACAACAGUGACACAAGGUUUGUGAGCAAACGUUCCUUUUGAGCUUAGUAAAUAGUUACUUUCCCUUCUUAUCUAAUGCGAUGUUAAAGUGUGUUUUACUGUUCCUAUUGUAUUAAAAUUUAAAAUAUAAA